GGGGAGGGUGGGCAGGGGGAGGGCAGCGCAGGUCUUCCUUGCUUGCUUGCAUGAUGAAGAGGGUGGAGGCGUGUGGGUCUUUUCAGGAACAAACGCCUCGGCAGUCAAGUCUCGUCUCGCCGCCUGAUCGUUGGCGCUGACCGCUGCGUCGGGAUCGAGAAUAUAGUCGUUCAGGGACGAGAAUAUCGGGGCCGCAGGUUAAUAUUCGGUUCGCUGCGGCAGCGGAGAAGUGAGGGAAGUGACAUGUUUCGACGCAGAUCAUCGUUUGCGUAAUGAUUGAAAGCAGAAUCGCUCGCUAGGUGGUCUGGUGGUCUGCAACAUGGUCUGCCGUAGAGCGGUCUGUGUUUCCUCUGGAGCAAGCAGGUACAAAAAGGUGCGAGGCGAGGAAAGCAGGACCCGGCCAUGGCUGCAUGUACUGCAGUAAUGGAGGGUUUGCCCGGAAGUUGGAUAGAAGUUGGUGAUUGCUGCAAUGUCCUGCCCAAGGUGUCUUGCGGUCGAGGUGACAACUCGACAAGCUACCAGACGCGUACCUUCGAAGCAUUCUGGUGCGAGUUGAAAGUGGGUAGAGGAACUACAACGACGAGAAGGAGGAACUCCAGGGACAUCGAAUGAGAAAGACCGGGAUGCACGUACACACCCCACUUGAAAGAGGACGAAUGCGAAAGGAACACAAUGCCCUAUAUAACAGACUUUACGCUUGUUGGUAAAAAGCGCCCCGAGUUGCAGCGAGGGAAACAUUGUGCACACCAAUGCAAGAUGAGUACUGAUGUACUGACGGUUGGAUUGGCGUUGAGUAGUGAGAGGAACAAGUCUCGUAAAGGCGAGACAAAUCUGGGCUAUGGAAAGGGCCUGGGAACGACUUCGUUCGUACUUGUCGAUUGCAAACUGCAAGAGGUACAAACGAAAUUUUAUUAUUUUGCACAACUCUUCUCCCCAAGGUGCAACUGGGAACCAGAAGCAAUAUCAAACAAAGGCUUCUGCAGAAUAUUCUGACCUACCUCCAGCCGUAGAGAGUAAUUAUGCACUGUUAGCUGGUCUGCAAUAAAU